CGCAGACACUGCUGCCCGCACUGCAGCAAACGCUUCAACCGGCCGAGCAGCCUCGCCAUACACGUGAACACCCACACCGGAGCCAAACCGUUCACGUGCGCUUAUCCGGGCUGCAACCGCAAGUUCAACGUGAACUCCAAUAUGCGGAGGCACUACCGGAACCAC